ACGGAAAGAAUGAAAACAAUGUACAUACCUGAUUCAAGUGGACUUAGAGCUUCUAAUCAUGUUGUUGAGGACGUUGAUGAACAACAUCGAAGUAAAGAAGCAAUGGUGUUAAUGGAAGCAUCACUGGAUGUGAUUACAAAAAUGGAUACGUUAAUGGAAGGUUUAACGGAAACGUUGAGGAAAUGGGAAAAAUUGAAUAAUGCCGAUGAGUUCAAAGUUAAUGACGAUGGGGGUGAAGCUGCAGAG